UCUAAAUCGGUGCAAAUUUUUAAAAGGAAUAAUUUUUUGCUUUUCUCGGCUAUUAUAUAUACCUUCGACAGAAUACUGAGUUGCCUUGCUAACACACGAAGCUUUAAAACAGGUCUUCAUUUCAAAUAUGGUUCUACCUUGUGAAGGAAAUUAUUUGUCCCCUACGACGACUUCUAAACGACCAACUAAGAAAAGAACAAGAAAGCCACCAACUUAUGACGGACUCAAAGAAAGCGGGAUGUCUCGUAACGCUGCCAGGGAACGUUACAGAGUGAAAAGUCUCCGAAAUGCCUUCCACAGUCUGCAACAGUGCUUGCCAUCGGUGCCUCCCAACACCAAGCUUUCAAAGCUCGAUAUUCUCAUUCUGGCCACCACCUACAUAUCACAUCUUAGUCGGAUACUCAGUGAAGAUCAGGAAAUGUUCUCCGAGAAUGGCUUCUUCAUGAAUGAUUUCGACAUGAUUGAAGGAUCAUUUGCUUCAGUGCCUGAGACUGAUGUUAGAAGUCUAAGUUGGGAGAAAAGCUAUUUGCAUCCAGUCAAAAAGUGGCCCAUGCGUUCUCGUUUAUAUGCUGGAGUAGAAGAUGAAACUACCACAACAAAAGACUGUAAUGUGACAUCAUUUCAGCAAAGACCUCUUUGGAGUUGAAAAAAAAUAUCAACAUUGUAUAAAUAAUUUUAGAGAAAAAUUCUCUUUUCUGGAAGUUGUCUGGGCAAAAGCUUACUUCUCCAACCUAUCAGACAUCCGUCCAAUACAUACAAGGUAGUUCGUAAAGAACCAGUGUCAAUUAUAAUAUCAUCAGUACGAUAAGAUGUAUUUAUCAACGAAGGACACAGGAAGAACUAUUCACAAAUUUUUGAAACCGUUCUUGGAAUGAAAUUCUUUUGUAUAAAAAUAAUGUUUGCUUAUUACAAAGAUGAAAUAUGCAUUAAUUAGCAAAAAUAGGAAGAAGCAGAUGACUACUUCUUGCUUAUGUUAUUUAAGAAUAGUAGUACUGUACAAGAAUAAUUGAAGUAAAAAAAAAGCAAUUAUGAUAAAUUUAAAUUUAUUUCAGCAUUCAUUAAUACUUUAUUUAUAUAUUUCCUUUUUUGUGGUACAUUCACUUAAUCAUGAAGUUGUUUUUUUUAUUAUUAUUACUAAAAGAUAAUAAUGAAGAGAAAUAGUAUUUCAUGACUGAUUAAAUAGAAUAAUAAUUCACAUAAUGUACAACUACAAGAAUAAAUAAAAGCAUACUAAGCUAUUACAUCAAACCAUUUAUUCUGUAUCACAGUUACAAAAGAUAAACAUCAUUACAUACAAAAAGUAAUAAUUUGAUCUAAUUUUUGGCAUUUAAAUAAAUAAGCAUUCAUUUAAAUUUCUAUUCAUUAAAAUCUUAUUGUUUUAUAGUGUUAAUCUAAACAAUAUAUUAUUUUACAAUAAAAAUAAUCUCUCUAAAAUAUAAAUUUUAUAUUUGUGCUGUACACAUAAUAUUUUACAGAGCAUAUUUGAAUUUUUAUGUACAUAACAAUUGUUAUAUUAAAUGUCUUAAAUAUUUUUACAAUGAAUCUUAAUCAUAUCAAUAAAAUAAUAGUUAUUUUUUUAAGGAACAGCAGUAUUUUCUUUCUAUAUUGUCAUGCUUUAAUUCCAUGUACAAAACAAUAUAAUUUAAAAGAGAAUUAACAAUUAAUAUGAAAAUAUGAUAGAGUAAAAAAGAUGUUAUUGU